AUGCCCACAGAAAAACAGUAUUUCCCCUUGGACGGUUACACCAAGUCUUUUUGGUUAGGUCUUGAAGAUCAAGAAGAGUUUUCGUCCCACAGAACCACCCGCGAACUUCCCCUGGAAGUUGACGUGUUGGUGAUAGGAUCCGGUUAUGCAGGAGCUUCCACUGCCCACUACCUCUUGCACCAGGAUCCGGCGUUAAGGGUCGCGUUGUAUGAAGCCCGCACCGCGUGCUCGGGCGCCACGGGCCGUAAUGGCGGGCAUGUCAAGCCCUACUACCACCGCAACUACGAUCUCUACCUCCAGAUGUUGGGUGAGAAGGGCGCGGCUGAGGUCGUCAACUCAGAGUACGACCAUUUGUGGGCUAUCAAGAAAAUCGUUGACGACAAUAAUAUCGACUGUGAUUUUUUUUUAACCAGAGCCUGUGAUGUGUACCCUGAUAAAGAGGAUUCUCGUGUCGCCAGAGACCUAGAGGCUGCGAAAAGUAUGUUGGCCAAUCCGCACAUUUAUCCGGAGAUGAAGAAACAGUUUCAGAUUUUCCACGGCGCGGCUGCAAGAAUGAUCUCCAAAUCUCCUCAAACUGACAUAGCUUUUACAUAUCCUGCUGCCAGCUGCUGGCCAUGGAAGUUGUUCAUUUCAAUCUUAAAGAUGUGUGUAGCCAAGGGCUUGAAUCUUCAGACAAACACUUUGGUCACCAAAGUGACGUCCACUGACAAUGGCAAAUGGGUGGUUCAUACUCCCCGUGGAACCACUAUUUGUGGUAAAGUGGUCUACUGCACAAAUGGAUACACAAAGGGAUUGUUGGAGGAGUUUUCAAAUACAAUUGUGCCACAAAGAGGCGUUUGUUGCAGUAUAGAGGCUGCUGACAAAGAUCAUACCCCACAUUUGACAAACACCUAUGGUCUCUUUACCUCCAGACCAAAUAGUGACUAUCUCAUCAACAGACCUGAUGGGACCAUCAUUGUGGGGGGCCGUGAUGAGUCUUUGAUCAAGCCAAACGGGGAUAUUUCUGGGUGGUUUGACUGUGUGGACGAUACUUAUGUUGACGAGGUAUCCAAGGCAGAGUUUAAGGAUUACAUGAAGAAGCGGUUUUCGACGUGGGAGAACACCGACUCCGACGUCAGCAAAAUCUGGUCUGGGAUCUUGGGCUUCACCAACGACUAUUUGCCGUAUGUGGGAGAGUUGGAUGUCAUUGGUAAGAAAGGCUGCUACAUCGUUGCGGGAUUCCACGGCCAUGGUAUGCCCCGAGUUCUUUUCAGUGCUAAGGCAGUUGCCACAUGUAUCACACAGAACAAGAAGGUCCAUGAGCUUGAGUACACAAUUCCAAAGGGGUUCUUUGUGAGUAAGGAGAGAAUAGAGAAGCCAAAUGUGUAUGAGCAAGGUAUCCACAAGUUCGUCAAGGAACACUAUGACGCAAAGUUGUGA